ACCACCAGCAACAUGGCCAAGACCCCCUCCAAGAAGUCGGCGAAAGCCCCCAAGAAGGCCGGCGGCGCCAAGAAGAAGAAGUCGCGCACGGAGUCGUACUCGACGUACAUCUACCGCGUGCUCAAGCAGGUGCACCCGGACACGGGCAUCUCCAAGAAGGGCAUGUCGAUCAUGAACUCGUUCAUCAACGACAUCUUCGAGCGCAUCGCCCUCGAGGCCUCCAAGCUGUGCCGCUUCUCCAAGAAGGCGACGCUCUCGUCCCGCGAGAUCCAGACGUCCGUCCGCCUCAUGCUCCCGGGCGAGCUCUCCAAGCACGCCGUGUCCGAGGGCACCAAGGCCGUCACCAAGUUCUCGAGCUCGUAA